AGCAUUGCAGGAACCAUGGCAGCAUUUUCAGCUGAGACUGGAACACUUUUGGAACUCUACAAGUUUAUCCAGGUCACAUACGGACCUUUUGAUUCCAGGCUCAGUGACAAACACCAAUAUCCAUCGCUCUAUCAGAUGGCGCCCAAGGACAGCACCCUGGUCCAUGCAAUGAUGUCGUUACUGCUGCAUUUUGGCUGGACGUGGGUGGCCAUCUUUAUAUCUGAGGACAUGAAAGGUGAGCUGUUCCUGAGGGACCUGAAGGCAGAGAUGCUAAAGAAAGGUAUCUGUGUGGCCUUCACAGAAAAGCUCUUGGCCAUUAAAACAAUGUAUGGACCUAGUGACAUCACCUUCAUGGCCAGAAUCAGAGUUUCUUCUGCAAACGUGCACAUCCUGUAUGGGGAGGUCGGGAGCCUCAUCACCGUGGACAUCGCAGCAGAGUUCUAUUUAACCACAGGGAAGGUGUGGAUCAUGACCGCCAAGUGGGACAUCGUCAUGUACGAGAUGAACCACAUGCUGCAUUCCUUCCAUGGAGGCUUCUCGCUUUCUCCUCACAACGUGGAGGUCCCUGGUCUCAGACAAUUCAUCGCCACAUCCAACCCAUCCCAAUACCCUGAAGACUUUUACUUCAGUAAAUUAUGGCUCAGCUUUUUGAAGUGCUCUCCUCCUGGGUCAUUUUGUGGGAAAAUUAGAGUUUUCCCCCUGAAUACCUCCUUACAGUUUCUGCCAGGAAACAUUGACCUGAUGACUAUUUCUGACUCCAGCUAUUUCAUCUACAAUGCGGUUCAUGCAGUGGCCCACGCGCUCCAUCAAAGGCUCUUGGAGGAAACCGAAAUGUGCUCUCCAGAAUGCGCACAGCAGCACAGGUCCCUUCCCUGGCAGCUUCAUCCAUUCCUGAACAAAACUGAAUUCACAAACAGUGCCGGAAGCCUCAUUUCCUUGGAUGAGGAAAGGCGUCAUCUGGCACAAUACGACAUCAAGAACACCGUGAAUUUCCCAGCUGGUCUUGGGCUGCUGGUUAAAGUAGGAGAAUUCAUCUCCGGGAGUCCACAUGAUGAAGGCUUGGUCAUCAACAAAGAGAGGAUAGAAUGGCCUGUUGGCUUCACGGAGACUCCUCAGUCAAUGUGUAGCCAGAGCUGUGGUCCAGGAUUUAGAAAACUUCCACAGAAAGGAAGACCUACCUGCUGCUUUACUUGUGCUUUUUGUCCAGAGGGACACAUUUCCAAUCAGACAGAUGCAGAUCAGUGCACGCGGUGCCCAACACAUGAGUACCCGAACAGAGGCAGAGAUCGCUGUCUCCCCAAGACCGUGGACUUCCUGUCCUUCACAGAUCCCCUAGGCAUGGCCCUGAUUUGCACAGCUCUGUGCUUCUCUACUCUCACAGCUGCGGUUUUGGGGCUCUUUGUGAGACACUGAGACACUCCCAUAGUCAAGGCCAACAACAGGGCUCUCAGCUACACCCUGCUCAUCUCCCUCCUCCCCUGCUUCCUCUGCACCUUGCUCUUCAUUGGCCGGCCCAACGCAGCCACCUGCAUCCUGCAGCAAAUAACAUUCGGACUCGUCUUCACUGUGGCUGUUUCCACUGUUUUGGCCAAAACCAUCACUGUGAUUCUGGCCUUCAUGAUUACCAAACCGGGACAAUCAAUCAGGUGGCUACUGGUGUCAGGAGCCUCUAACCUUGUCAUCCCCAUCUGCUCCCUGAUCCAAAUUAUUCUCUGUGCAAUCUGGCUGGGAACCUCUCCUCCCUUUAUCGACACAGAUGCACACUCGGAACAUGGCCACAUCAUCAUCGUGUGCAACAAGGGCUCCCUCGCUGCCUUCUACUGUGUCCUGGGAUACCUGGGCUCCCUGGCCCUGCUGAGCUUCACCGUGGCUUUCCUGGCCAGGAACCUGCCCGACACCUUCAAUGAAGCCAAGUUCCUGACCUUCAGCAUGCUGGUGUUCUGCAGUGUGUGGGUCACCUUCCUCCCCGUGUACCACAGCACCAAGGGGAAGGUCAUGGUGGCCGUGGAGGUCUUCUCCAUCUUGGCCUCCAGUGCGGGGCUGCUGGGCUGCAUCUUCGCUCCUAAAUGCUACAUUAUUUUGUUAAGGCCAGAGAGAAAUUCUCUGCAUGGAUUCAGAAAUAAAACACAUGCCAGCAAAAGAAACCUUAGUAGUUAA